ACCUUUUUAGCACACUUAUUCCGUCAUUUCCUUGUAAGCUUGAUAUCUGCGCACUUUAACAUCCCAGUCCGUCGGUUGUCGGUCGUUGGUUGCUCUCGGGCAGGAAUCCUGUAGCAAAUGAAUUGAUUGCAGGAAGAGAAAAAGAAACCUUGUUUGUCUUCCAAUCGGGUCUCCCUCAACCGAGGGUUCUGUGUGAGGGUGCCGGGUGUGCUCUAGUCUUUUGGAGGUGGUGACGAUAUUGGUACAACAACCAGGAAGAGUAUUUUUUGAGCCUUUGGAGGGCCCGACGACAACGCACGCUGAUUGGCAGCAUCUUCCUGUUCUCCAAGGGUCCGACGACGACUUGCCAAGGGACCAAAAAUGCACCAUCGUAUGGACAUGGUAUCCGAUUAUUUUAUAGUUUUUUGUUUUCAGACAAAAUAGAAUUCACAAAGAAAAAAAAAAACGUUUGAAAAAAUUGUGAAUGUGGGAAAUGCCUCCUUCCAAGCCGGAAGGAUCGUAACAGGCCAUUGCAGCCGAUCACUUGUCGGUCAUCUCCAGAGUUGCAUGCAAUUGCGAUUCUUAUUUUUUUUGUCGUUGUUUGCUGCUGUAAAGCGAUGGCUUACGUCUCAUUCCUCUGGCUCUGUGUUUCUUGAUCAGCAGCAUUUGUGCAAUCGGGCAUCAUCUAUAUUCUAUCGAGCUACCCAUUACCUCUUUGAUUACGGCGCAUCUUUCAGAGCCUUAUACCAUUAUCUUUAAUUGAUCUCUCAGGACAUUAGCUCGCAUUUUAUUCAUCAAUUUCCCUCGCAUCGGCUAUAUACGACUCCUCAAGUGUGACCUAUUUUCAUGAUGCUCGGACACCCAACACCUUCGCCAGUUGCUGCUGACCAGCUAAUCACGGCCUUUCCAAACUUGAGCGGGAAGCUGCUGCCUUCCUCUGCAUCUACAGCAUCUCAUCUUACUGAAACAUUCCAUUCGUCGAUCGAUGUAUCGCAUUUCGCACAAUCGUGUGCCAAAACCUAUGGUCCCAACUCGAUGCAUGCUGUCAUACUUGUCGCUUGGGCUCAAAUCUUGAAAGGUUACGUUGGCGAGCAAGCUGUUGGAUUUCAACUAGCCGAUCUUGAAAAGGGACCAGUAACCAUACCUACUCGGGUGGAGCUACACUCAGCGCUCAACAAUCUAGAUCUUGUUAAUCGAGCGCGGUCCGUUUUAGAGCAGGAAGAAGCGGAUACCAGAGUCUCAGCAGAUACGGUAUUGGCAGUGUCCCUAGAUAAUAUGAAUGAGGGCGAAUGGGAAGACUUUUGCAGCGCUGUUCAAGUCAAUGUCCCCGUCAAGCUCUUGUUCCUCGUUAACGUUACCCGUACCCAACUGACCUUCCAACUCACCUGGAACUCAAACCUCUUUCCCAUUAAUCAGGGCCUUCAGCUAUUGUCGCAAUUCGAUUAUAUUCUGCAAUGGACGCUCGCCAAUCCUAUCGCACAUCCAUUGGCUCUCGACUUUUCCGCCCUGCCGGAAUCACAACUUUCCAUUCAAAACCCGAACCCGAUCGAGCGAACGAAUGCCACAAUACCAGGUGCCACUCUAUUACACCACCUUUUUGAGCAAACAUGUAUCCUCUACCCUCAUCGGCUAGCUAUCGAGUUUCUUCAUUCUAUUGAAACCGGCGCGUCGACACGGUACACCUAUCAAGAGGUCAACGAAAAAGCCAAUCAGCUCGCUCGGGUUCUCUUGAGCCACGGCGUCCAGCCAGAUGAUAUGAUUCCAAUAUACGUAGAUCGCUCACCGAAUAUGUACAUUGCCUUCCUUGCGGUCCUCAAGGCCGGGGCGGCAUAUGUUCCUCUCGCAAGCGAUGCACCCGUGGAGCGAAUUGCUUUUGUAGCGGGGGACGUCGCCGCAAACAUUAUGAUCACGGAUGCAAAGAACGUAACUCUUUGUUUGGAGCACAACACUUUGAGAGAUUUGAUCCUCGUCAAUUUGGACUCGGAGGCAGUUCAGUUGGAUAUGGAUGGCCAGGACAAGAGCAACACGGACUGUUCACGGAUUCAACAAGAGCAUUUAGCCUACGUGAUGUACACGUCUGGGUCGACAGGAAAGCCCAAAGGUGUCCAGCUUCAACAUGGAAACGGAAUCGAAAGUAUCCUCUCGCAUCAUGCCAUCAUACCGCACGCAUCACCAGCCCUCGACGCUGGCGAAAAGUUUCUUCAAUUUGCAUCUCCGACAUUUGAUGUUUCUGUAUUUGAGAUAUUCUUCCCCUUCUCCCUGGGUAUGUGUCUUUGCUCAGCUAGUAAGGAGCUGCUUCUAGCUCGACUGGAAGAUACCAUCAAUGCUCUCCAUGUCACCCACAUGGAACUCACUCCCACUGUUGCUGGGUUGGUUACGAGAUCGAAUGUGCCAGGUGUCAAGGCAUUGUUGACCAUUGGUGAGAUGUUGACGCAAAAGGUGGUAGACGAGUGGGCUGGGGAUGGAAGUUUGCACAAUGCCUAUGGACCUACGGAAUGUGCCAUCCAUUGCACCAUGGCAGCUGACUUUGAUCCGACGACGAAACCAAGUAAUAUUGGAAUCGCGCUUGACACAUGUACGCUCUACGUCAUGGGUCAAGAAGAACCGAACGCACCUUCCUUGUCCGUGGUACCUAUAGGACAUGUUGGAGAGCUCUAUGUUGGUGGUAAACAGGUCGCGAGGGGAUAUCUCAACCGGCCGGAAGCCAAUGCAGGGGCUUACUUCAUUGACCCACGAAACCCUGCAACCCGGAUCUACAAAACAGGAGACUUGGUUCGCCUCCUCCCCAACAACACGCUUGAGUUUAUUGGGCGUGUUGCAGACGAUCAGCAAGUCAAGCUCCGAGGUCAACGGAUCGAAUUGGGAGAAAUCAGCCAUGUCGUUGCAGGCGCGCAUUCAGCAGUAGUCGACGUGGUGACAGCUGUGAUAAAUGACGAGCGAGGAGCUGGAGGCAAGAUGCUGGUUUCUUUUGUAGCUGUUGGUAAUCUGGAUUGCCCAGUCGUGGGCGAGUACGAGCUCAUCCGCGUUCUGCGACCAAGAGAGGUUGAAGAUGCUUGCAAGUCUUCAUCUGCUUCCCAUCUUCCUCCAUACAUGAUUCCAAAUGCAUUCGUAUUCAUUGACAGCGUGCCAAGAAAUCUGUCAGGAAAAACGGACCGAAAGCGCCUCGCUAAACUCUUUUCAGAACUAGACUUGGACGCAAUUAGGGACACACCGCUUUCUACUCUGCAAAGCGCUGAAGACGAGCAAGUGUGGGAGAAGAACGCUACACUAUCCACCCUUCGCGAGGUAGUCUGUAAGAUGAGCAAGACUCCGCUUACCGGAGUCACGCUCAAAACGUCCAUUUUCUCUUUGGGGAUUGACUCUUUGGGCGCUAUCAUUUUGUGUUCCAAACUUCGGGAACGGAAUAUGCAUAUCUCUGUCACGCAACUGCUCCAGAGUCCAACAAUGGAGGAGAUUGGCAGGAUUCUCGACAGUCCUAACGAUAAAGCUCGUGAGAGUUUGACCAAACUGAAGCAACAACGCCUUGCUCUGAGGGAAGAUUUUCUUUCCAACAUUAGCGGACUCUCUGCAAGUCUGUCCCACUUGCUGAAGGUUCCAACUAGUAGCAUCGAAGACUGCUAUCCCUGUACACCUCUACAAGAGGGUCUACUUGCUGAGACGUUGAAAGACCCCAAGGGUAAGCGGUACUACGAUCGAAUACUGAUACGGGUGGCAAAAAAUGUCACAGCGGACUCACUUCGUCGAGCGUGGGAGCAUUUAACGACAACAAACCCCAUCCUGAGGACUGGAUUCGCAAGUGCGGACGGUGUUCUCAAUAAGGAUGCACCUUGGACAUUCCUUCAGGUUGUUUGGGAACCCGGAUCUUGUCCACGGCAGGGGGAGAAUUCGUUUUCUAUCGCAGAGGUUGAGGAUGAGGCUAAAGUGGCAGGUGUCAUGGAAGACUUUCAAAAGAGAAACGCUUUACAGUUUGAGUCUUUGCAUGUCCCGCCUGUAACUGCGAUGUUUGUGACUGUCAGGUCUGGCGGUAGUAGCUACCUGGCCAUCAUGGUCCACCAUGCUGUUUAUGAUGGUUGGUGCGUACCUCUAAUGUUACGAGAUGUGGAGGCCUACCUUUCUUCCCAGUCGUCAUUACCUCGCCCGGCAUUCCGGAACAUUGUUGAGCACCAUUUCUCAACGCCAGCAGCGGAGGCUGCAUCCUCAGUCAAUUACUGGAAGACGUACCUGGCAGAUCUUCCAUCCCUUGAAUCUUUUCCGACUCUCACGUCCAAGACGACACCUCCAGUAAAAGACAUACACAUAUCUUCGCGCGUGGCUGCUCUGACGACUUCUAUCAUUGAAGAAUAUUGUCGCGCUCUGAGUAUAACACCCCAAACGCUCGCCCAAGCGACAUGGGCCAAACUUCUUGCGCUCUAUACUGGACAACAGGAUGUCAUCUUCGGGUCGACGCUAUCCGGUCGGAAUAUACCCGUUGAUGGAAUCGAAGCUGUCAUGGGACCGUGUAUCCAUUUAGCACCUGUUCGAGUCAUUGUGUCCAAUGACGAUCUUGGCAUGUUGCAAGCGAUCCAAAAGGAUGGUGCCGAGAUGUUGGAGCAUUCUGCAGUGCAUUUGCGAGUUUUGGCUGAGAACGUUGGGCGGGGCGGGAUGGGUGGUCAUGGCUUGUUUGACACUUGGGUAGUCUACCAAAAGGUCGACUAUGGUGCGACUGAGAAUAAGCGGAUGCUGGAGGUUGUUGACACGGACGAUGCCUUUGAGGAUAAAAUCAUGAUUGAAAUUGAUCCGAAUGGGGACAAGUUUCUUAUCCGCGCUCGUUGCAAAGCGGACAUAAUUCCUCCCUCCCACGUCGACAUUCUAUUGGAACAAUAUGAAAACAUUUUACUGGACAUUAUUGAGAGGACCGCUCCUGCUGGUUUCUUCUCUUAUCCCAUUCAACGGGCGGUUUCCAAUCGCGCAUCACUGCUCAACGCCUCUCCAUGCACGAUACCAGGAUCCGCUCCACUGAUGCACCAGUACGUUGAACGCUGGGCACAGGAGACACCUGAUCGUCCAGCACUCGACUUUCUCUGGGAAAACGAAGAAGCUGUGCCAAAGAUCGAGUCUAUUACCUACAAAUCCCUCAAUGAGCAAGCCAACCGUAUCGCGCACCAUCUAAUGACAUUUAACCUUCCUUUGGAAUCUAUUAUUCCAAUCUGCUUUGACAAGAGUCCCCUGAUGUAUAUUACCAUCCUCGCGGUGUUGAAGGCAGGGUACGCUUAUCUCCCGAUUGAGCCGGGCACGCCAGCUGAACGUGUACAGUUCAUUCUGCGCGAUGCGGGCGCAAAGGUGGCGAUUACUGUGGGCGCGUUCAAGACGUUAAUGGUUGACAGCGGGGUCGAAGUCCUUUGUUUGGAUGAAAUCGAGUUAAAGGAUCGGAGAGGGAACCCGGAUAUCAAGCUAACCCCAGGAACAUUAGCUUACGUCCUCUACACAUCCGGUACAACCGGGCAACCUAAAGGUGUCAUGAUUGAGCAUGGCAAUGUGAUGAGUAAUCUCGAGGCUCUUCAACGUCUCUACCCACCGACUGACCCAACCACGUCUCGAAUGCUGCAAUUUGCGACAUACACGUUUGACGUCUCAGUGUUUGAAAUCUUUUAUGCAUUCGCGGGUGGCAUGACGCUCUGUUCGGCUUCCAAAAUGCUCAUGCUGGGUGAUUUGGAGAGUACGAUUCGGACACUUGUGCCUACGCAUUUGGAUUUGACUUCCACGGCUGCUGGGUUGAUUCGGCGGGAUCAUGUCCCUUCGGUCAAGGUAUUGAUCCAAACGGGUGAAGCGCUUACAAGGCGGGUCCAUGAUGAGUGGGCUUGUGUCGACGGGGUGACGCUGAUUGACGCAUACGGACCCACUGAGACGACCAAUGUUUGCGUAGUAUAUUGUGGAGUGGAGCAGGAGACCCGCAUAGGUUGCAUUGGUGAACCGUUGAACUCGUGUUCGGCCAUGGUGGUUGAUUUUAAUGAUGAGAAGAUGACGGUGUUACCUUUGGGAUGUGUGGGGGAGUUGUGCAUCGGAGGACCCCAAGUGGGGAGAGGGUACCUCAACCGAUCGGAUUUGACUGACGCCAAGUUCCGCGAUAUCCCAAAUAUGGGUCGAGUGUAUCGUACGGGUGACGUUGCGCGCAUACUCCCCUCGGGGGAGAUACAGUAUCUUGGUCGUAAAGACGAUCAAAUCAAGUUGAAUGGACUUCGAAUCGAGUUGGGAGAAAUUAACGCUGUUUUGGUCCGGAGUAGUGGCGGUGAGGUCAGGGACGCUGUCACGGUUAUUGGGCGGCGAGAAGGUGGGAGGGAUGUAUUGGUUUCGUUUUUGGCUUUGGGAGGUCACCAGGACCGUAGCGUUCUCUCGCCAAACGAGACCGUGCGAGAUAUCAUUGAAAGAGCCGUAGAAGAGUGUCGCCGGACGUUACCCUACUACAUGGUACCGAACACAGUUGUUCCGCUCACAGAGUUACCAAGAGGAUUGGCGGGCAAGGUGGAUCGCAAGGCCCUUCAAGCCAUCUAUGAGACAAUGGAUACAGAGCUUUUGGGCGUCUUUUCCUCGUCUGCUAGACAGGAUGCAGUAGCGGCGAACGCUUCCACCACCGAACCCUGGAGUCCAAUGGAACUCGUCAUCCGAUCGCACAUCUCAUCAAUCUCCCACGUCCCCGAGAUGGACAUUGGUCGCACCACCUCCAUCUUCCAGCUGGGCUUGGAUUCUAUCAGCGCCAUCCAGCUCUCGGCCAAAUUCAAGCAAUCCAACCUUCACCUUUCUAUGAUUGACAUCAUGCAGAACCCUACGAUUGAUCGAAUGGCUGCUCUACUUGAUGCCCAGGAUGGAGUGAAAGAGCAUGUAUCAGAUGAACGUGCGUUGGCUGUUAUCCGUGAUACGAUCCAAGCGUUUGAUCGUCUUGUUCGGGGGUACGUCACCGAAGUUUUGGAAGGGAAGGUGGAGGAUAUUGCGGCCAUUCGACCUUGCACGCCCAUGCAGGAAAGCAUGUUGGGACAAACGUUGCGAGGUGGGGGGUACGUGAAUUAUCAUGUUUGGGAGAUUUCCUCGCAUGUCGAUGCAAAGAGGUUACAAAGGGCUUGGGAGGAGGUUGUGGAGCUGAAUGAAGUGUUGAGGACUGGAUUUGUCCCGGUUGGAGAUGUAGAGGGUGCUGAGUGGCUUUUUGCCCAGGUUGUUUGGAAAAGGAGACAGUUAGUGUGGAGGAAUGAGGAGAGUGGAGAGGAUGUUGAGGAGACGAUUACCAAUGUGCUUCAAACACCGUUUCCCAAUCUCCUAUCCGGUCGUCCGCCUCUCUCGCUCACUUACCACAACAGCCCAACCAACCCGUACUUGAUCCUCUCCAUCCACCACGCGCUCUACGAUGGACGUUCCCUCCGUCUCAUUCUCGAUCAAGUCCGCGCACACUAUCAUGGAGACGCGAUCAAAGACCCGCCGUCGUUUUCAUGGGCUCUUGAACGGAUUUUAGCACAGAGUGGCCAGGACGUGCGGGCUGAGAGGAUGUGGAAGGAGGUUUUGGAUGGAUUUGAACCUGUUGCUUUCCCGGAUGUUUCUGGACGAGGUGGAGUCAAGGAGGGUGGACGUACCGUUAUUGUGAGGAACGUGGGAGUUGGCUUGGAGGUUGUUGAGAGGGCAUGUCGAGAGAUGGACACGACGCUCCAAGCCCUUGGGAUGGCCACCUGGUCCAAGCUCCUCUCCACUUACACAGGCACGCCCGACACCGCUUUUGGAGUUGUUCUCUCUGGCCGAACGGAUGCAACCCAAUCCUGGAACGAUAUCAUUGGGCCGUGUCUCAACACUGUUCCAUGUCGCAUUACCUUUUCGGAGGAAACCGUGACAUACAGGUCGCUUGUCCAACAGGUGCAAAAGGCGUAUACGGAUCUGUUGCGAUACCAGCACACCCCUCUAAGAAAGAUUCAAAAAUGGGCUGGAGUAACCGAUGGACGCGCCUUGUUUGAUACGCUUUUUGUGUUUGAUCGGGUUGAGGUUGGUGCUGGUGAGGAGUUGUGGAGGAGUGUUCGAGGAGUUGGUGAGGUUGAGUCUGUCAUUGCAGUUGAACUCCAAGCAAGGUCGGACGGAACCCUCACCAUUGAAAUCGCAUGCAAAAGCGAUAUGGUAUCGGCAGAGCAAGCAGGCUUGCUGGCCGAGCAGUUCGAGUCGACUCUCAUAGAUACCAUCACGCACCCGGACUCGAAUAUGAAUGAACCGAACCACCCAUCGCAUCUUCUUUCGAUUUGUAAUCCACUGGCACAGGCCAAUGAUGUCCCUUCCCAGAUAACGUUCAUGCACAGCUGGCUAGAAUACCACGCAGCACACAAGCCCACGGAUCUUGCACUGGAAUUCGCAAUGGAUAUUACCGAGACUCAUUGUCAAACACUUCAAUGGCGCUACGAAGAGUUGAAUCACCAGGCGAACCGUAUUGCGCAUUUUCUGCGGACGAGGGGCGUAGGUGUCGAGGACAUGAUCCCAGUCUGCAUACCACGCUCGCCACUCAUGUAUGCAGCCAUGAUGGGUGUAUCAAAAGCCGGAGCAGCGUAUGUACCUGUGGAUCCGGACGCGCCGGCGGAACGAAAACGGUUUGUCAUAAAGGAUACGCGCGCAACGCUUGUCUUGAGCGUUGAGAGACAAUAUGUGGAUUUACAGUUUGGGGAUGUGGAGGUUAUGCCUUUGGAUGUGCGAUACAUUCAAUCGCAAAUCAACGCUCAGCCGAGGUGGAAUCCGGUUAUUGAUGGAUUGUCGGCUGGGCAUUUAGCGUAUGUUUUAUAUACAUCCGGAACAACAGGGAGGCCCAAAGGUGUGUUGGUCCAGCACAGUAACGUUGUGCAGAGUAUUUCAUCGUUCAAGGAGAUCAUACCCUUUACGCCAACGUCACGGUUUCUCCAGUUUGCAUCCUGCGCGUUCGAUGUAUCUAUUUUCGAGUCACUUGUUUCAUGGAGUGUGGGGAUUUGCCUGUGCAGUGCACCGAAGGACGUGCUGUUGAAGGAUUUGGAACUCGCCAUACGGUCCUUGAAUGUUUCGCAUGCGGAUUUGACGCCGAGUGUCGCGGGGCUUGUUCGUCGUUCCAAUGUGCCUAGUCUUGAGGUGCUUGUGACGGGCGGCGAAGCCCUGACGCAGCAAGUGUUGGCCGAGUGGGGUCCGGAUCAAAAUAUUUUUAAUGCGUAUGGGCCUACCGAGGCGACGAUUGGGUGUACGAUGUUGGCGGGGGUCAAGGUGACGGACAAGACUACCAACAUUGGACGGCCUUUUGGGAAUGUUUCCGCGUUUGUCAUGGGCGUUGGUGGGCCGUUGUCGCCCGUGUUGAAAGGCGGUGUUGGGGAAUUGUGUGUGGGUGGCCCACUGGUUGCACGGGGGUACCUCAAUCAACCUCAAUUGACUGACCAAAAGUUUGUGGAAUGGACGGAUCCGAUCACAAAGAAGAAUCACAGGCUAUACAAAACGGGUGACCUUGUCCGUAUGAUGCCAGAUGGGACACUCGAAUUCCAAGGUCGGGCAGACCAACAAGUCAAAUUAAACGGUAUCCGAAUCGAAGUUGAUGAGAUUUCGCAUGUGGUCAAAUCCAGUUGUGCGGAUGUGAAAGCUGUUGUGACGCUUUUAUUGAAACAUCCUGAACAACCCAAGAAGCAGAUUGUAUCCUUUGUUGCGUGUGCUUCUCUGAGUGAAGGGGACAUGCUCGUAGCCAAGUCACAGAAACGGGAUGAGAUUGUUGCGACGAUUUUGGAGGGAGUUAAAAGGGUGCUCCCUCUUUACAUGGUCCCUGCUCAUAUCCUUGUUGUCACACACAUUCCGCUGGGUGCAACCGGGAAAACAGAUACAAAAGCACUUGGCAAGCUUUUUGAAACCGCUACGCCGAGUAUGAUAAGAAGCGACAGCGGGUAUGGCAUCACAAGCAAAGAAUGGACACGUACAGAAACGACCCUCCGAACCGUUCUCGCUACCGUAUCCAACACCUCUGAAAACGAUAUAACUCACUCCACCACCCUCUUUGAACUCGGCCUGGAUUCACUGAGUGCCAUUCUUGUUUCAUCUCGGUUACGAUCUCAUGGUGUUGAUUUGAGUGUAUCGGAUAUGUUGCAAGUACCGAGUGUUGCUGGUAUGGCAGCCCUCGCGGAUCGGAAUCGGGGGACGAACAAAGAGGUUCAGAAUCCAUUGGUGCGGGGUCAACAGGCUAUAUCAGAAUUCAACCGCGUGCAUCGACAAGAGAUUGUCGAGCAGGUGGGAGACGUUGAGGUGGUUGGGGUGUAUCCGUGUACGCCGUUGCAAGAGGGUAUGAUCGCGGCUAGUAUCGCGACACCAGGGUUAUAUGUGAAUCAUUUUGUGUUGCCCUUGGAACAAGAUGUCGUUCCGGAACGACUUGAAACGGCGUGGUUGGCUGUGUGUCGUGCCAACGAGGUACUCCGAACAGGGUUUUGUGGUGUGCGGGAUGGGUUUGCGCAGGUUGUUUAUAAGGAUGUUGGGGAGGUUUGGUCUACCGAUAUGUGUCAAACAUGGGACGACGUGCUUGAGCGGGUUGGAUCCUACAAGGAUCAACUUGAGUUGAGUCUUUUGACACCUCCCAUUCGUGUUCGGUAUGUUGGGUCGCCAUUCGGGUCUCAGUGUGUGCUGUCAUUACAUCAUGCCCUGUACGAUGGAUGGAGUUUGGACUUGAUGUUCGAGGACGUUCAAAAAGCAUACAAAGCAGAUACGGUAGUAUCUCGACCCCCGUUUUCGCAGUGUGUAGAGUACGCACUGGGCGUCUCAUCCGAUGAUGCCCAAAAGUUUUGGGAACGGGAACUAGAAGGGUGGUCUGGAACGCGGUUUCCGGAUUUGAGUGGACAACGGUUUUUGAAUGGGGAUGUUGGUACCGAGUACAUGAUUCAAGAGACGUCCCGUCAUUCCAUGGAGACUCUGGAAGGGUUUUGUAAAGUGACGGGUACGACCCUAUUAGCGCUAUUCCAACUCGCGUAUGCAAAACUCUUGUCGACGUACCUCUCUACAACGGAUAUUGUUUUCGGACAUGUUAUCUCGGGACGUACGCUUCCAAUUCAGGACGUUGAAUCCAUUCUUGGACCAACGUUUAAUACCCUUCCCUGUCGGAUUCGAUUGGAUGGAUCGAAUACGGAUGCGUUGAGCAGGUUGCAAAAAGGAAAUGCUGCCGUGUUGCCGUAUCAGACGGUUGGGUUGCGUCAAGUCCAGAAAUGGGUCAAGAGUACGAGUUUGUUUGAUACCUUGUUUGUUUAUAUGAAAGGACGGGAACAUGGUGGUGAUGUUUGGAAGGAGGUUAUGGGGGAUGCCAAAGUGGAUUACCCACUUUCCAUUGAAGUCGAAUCCACAUCGACAUCCCUCACCCUCCGCCUCGCAUCCAAAACGUCCACCCUAUCCACACAACACGCACACACGUUUCUGUCCCAACUCGACGACGUGAUCCACUCUAUUAUCACCACCCCGGAUGCACCCGCCAAACAUCUCCUCAUACCGCCCGAACGCCUCUCUAUAGCAAACCACCCUCCAAAACAGAUUGCGCCGUCGGUUUUGCAUGCGAGGUUUGAAGGGCAUGUGGAGAGGAUACCUGACGCACCAGCAUUGUAUUGGUACGAUCGUGUCGAGGCAGCACCCGUCGUGUAUACCUAUGCGGAACUCGAUCGGCUGGCGAAUCAGAUGGCUGGGUGGGUGGCAUCUAAAACGGAUGCAGAGGUGGUGGGCAUCAGUCUGGAAAAAGGUGUACUGAUGUAUAUUGCUUUAUUGGGUGUACUGAAAGCCGGGAAAGCAUUUGUGAUGGUCGAUCGAGAUUUGCCUAUUGAGCGGAAGCGGUUUAUGGUCUGUGAAUGUGGGGGUGUGGUUGUGGUGGGGUCUUUGGAUGUGGAUGCGUUCAAUGGGUUGAUGCCCCUUGUCUUGGAUUCUAUCGAUACGUUGAAAGAGCAUGCACGGGACACCUCGACUGAACACACACGAUCCAACACGGUGAAAAACACAAACGUAGCAUACGUGCUGUAUACAUCGGGUACAACUGGCCAACCCAAAGGCGUUCAAAUCACCCACGACAAUGCCGUGAACGCUCUACACGCGUUUACAACAAGCAUACCAUGGAAACCUACUUCCCGCUUCCUCCAAUUCGCAACCUGUUCAUUCGAUGAUGUCCUUUUAGCGCAUCUUGAGGGGGCUUUAACGGGUAUGCAGAUCACACAUGUGGAUUUGACGCCUUCGGUUGCGGCUUUGGUACGGAGGGAUCGAGUGCCUACUAUUGAGGUACUUGUUACGGGUGGAGAGGCCUUGACGGCGCGAGUUGUGGAUGAGUGGAGUGGAGAGGAUGUGGUUUUGGUUAAUGCGUAUGGACCGACUGAAGCGACGAUUGGGUGUGUUAUGACGCGUGUUGAUAAACGGACCAAGCCAGAGUGUAUUGGACGGGUCUUGGAAACGUGCUCGGGGUUUGUGGUUGGGGCGGAUGGACGAGUCCUUCCGUUGGGUGGGGUGGGUGAACUCGUUAUUGGUGGACCGCAGGUUGGAAAGGGGUACCUAGACCGACCUGAGUUGACUUUCGAACGAUUCGUCAUGUUACAUGAUUAUGGACGGACUUAUAAAACCGGGGACGUGGUUCGUAUGUUGGCGGAUGGGAGUAUUGAGUUCCUAGGCCGAGCAGACGAUCAAGUCAAGUUAAACGGUAUACGGAUUGAAUUGGGUGAGAUUUCUUCUUGUUUGGGACGUGUUCGAGGUGUUUUGGAUGUUUCUACCCUCGUUUGUCGACACCCUUCUCAAGUGCGGGACCAAGUUGUUUCGUUUCUUUGUGUGGGAGGUACGAGUGGAUUAGAACCUUUGGAUGAUGAGAUGCAACAUUUGGUGGAUCAAGCUGUUGAGUCGUUACCAAUGUACAUGAGACCACGGCAUGUGUUUUCGAUUGGGAAAAUGCCUUUGGCGAGUACAGGCAAAACAGAUCGAAAGGCUCUUGAAGCGCUUUAUAAAGCCCUGGAUAUCCAUUCCGUUGUUCCAAAACAAACGGAUAUGCGACCUUUGACGGAUUUGGAAACGGCGAUUCGACAAGUACUUGCAUCUACUGCUAAUGUGCCCCCUGAUUCUAUCACGCGGACUACGACGCUUGCUCAACUGGGAUUGGAUUCGAUUAGUGCCAUUCGCAUGUGCAGCGCUUUACAAACUCGCGGUAUAAAUGUCCCUGUGUCCAAAUUGAUGCGAUAUCCAUCUAUUGGGAUGUUGGUUCCCAUGCUCCAAGAAGAACCGGUGGAUACGAUUUCAGGUGACUUUAGGACUCAAUUACAGGCUUUUGAACACCGUGUGAUUCAAUCUGUGAGUUCCGUGGUGGAUAUACCCUCCAAUGAGUUACAAGCCUACCCGUGCACACCCCUCCAAGAAGGCAUGUUAGCCCAAACGCAUCAAGAUCCGCGACAGUAUAUCACGCAUACAGUGUUACAAUUGAACAGCGGUACGAAUGUCGAACGAUUGAAAAUGGCUUGGGAGGGUGUGAUUCGGGGUAUGGAUAUCCUUCGGUCUUCGUUUCAAGUUGUUGAUGGUGUGUGGGGUAUGGCGCAGGUUGUUCGAUCGAGUGUGUGGAUGCCGUGGUCGGUUGUUCAUGUUGAUUCAAAGGAGGGGAUAGAGGCUUUUAUGGAAGGUGUUGAAAUGAGUUUGGGUGAUCCGCCGAUUGCGUUUGGGGAGGUACAUGUUGGCGAAGAUGUGUACCUUGUUUUAUCCAUGCAUCAUGCGUUAUAUGAUGGAUGGAGUUUUGAGAUGAUUUUAAGGGAUGUUGAAGGGGUUUAUCGUGGGGGGUUGGUACCCACCCGACCGGCCUAUCGCGGGGUGGUAGAGUAUAUCCUAUCUCGACCCGAGGCUCCUGCCAAAAAGUAUUGGAUGGAGAGACUAAAAGGCGUUGUUCCGACGUUGGUUCCGGAUUUGGGUGGGGUGGAAGGAAUUGGUUCUGUUAGGGUUUGUGAAGUUAUGAGUCAAGUCGUUGAGAGUCGUGUUAAAGGGUUGGGGGUAUCGCUUUUGGCGGUUGGACAGGCGGUUUGGGCCAAAGUUUUGGGGAUUUAUUGUGGGGAAGAGGAUAUUGUGUUUGGACACUUGACAUCAGGUCGAACUCUCCCCAUCCCCAACAUUACCUCCAUCCCCGGACCGACUUUCAACACCCUCCCGAUCCGCACAACCCUCUCCCCCACGAAAACCAACCUAUCCCUCAUCCAAGAACUCGAUGCCCAACAUCGAGAAGGGAUGCCAUACGCGUGUACACCCCUACGUGAUAUUCAGAAAUGGGUUGGAAAGAGUUUGUUUGAGACGCUUUUUGUUGUGAGGCCUAAAGAGGAGGUUCAAAAUUCGGAUGGGAUUUGGAGGGUUGUGGAUGGGAAAGCCAAUGUGGAUUAUGCACUCUCACUUGAACUCGAAUCCACAUCAACGCAUUUGAGACUCCAUGCCACAACCACCCGUCUCGCCCUCCCACAACUUGAUCUCCUCCUCCACAUCUAUGAAGUGAUCCUAACAGAUAUGUUGACCCGUCCAGAGGCACCAAGCACAUCCCUACCGACCCUGCCACCCCAAACCCUCUCCAAAACGCAUGGGAAGCCUAUAAAGGGAUUUGAGAGCAUGUCAAGUGGUGUUGAACGAUUUGCACGGACGAGACCCACGUAUCCUGCUUUGGAAUUUAUGACGGGGCAAAAAACGACGGUGUGGACAUACAGCGAAUUAAAUGGGCAAGCUAACCGGUUUGCGAGGCGAUUACGAGCGUCUGGAGUCCGUCAUGGGGAUCUUGUUCCCAUUAUUGUGGUCAAGAGUGUGUGGAUGUAUGUUGCCUUGUUGGGUGUGCUUAAAUGUGGGGCGGGGUAUGUUCCUAUUGACCCUGAGGCCCCAAUGGAGCGAAAGAGGUUUGUGGUGGGGGAUGUAGAUGCAAAGAGGGUGGUUGUGUCAAGGGGACUUGAAUUGCCGGGUAUCGAUUGUAUCAUUGUGGAGAAUUCAGAAGGGGAUGCAGAUGGAGAGUUUGAGACAGAGGAGGUGGAUCCAACAGAUACUUGCUAUGUUAUUUACACAUCGGGAACGACGGGGACACCCAAAGGUGUUGAAAUCAGCCACGCAAACCUCUACGCAGCCCUCAAAGCUUUUGAAUCAACGAUCCCAAUCACCUCCACAUCCCGAUUCCUCCAAUUCGCAAACUACACGUUUGACGUGUCUGUUUUCGAAACGUUUUUGGCAUGGCGUGUGGGCUGUACGCUCGUUUCGGCUUCUAAAGACGUUUUAUUAUCUGAUUUGACGGGGGUGAUCCGGUCUGCACGGGUCACGCAUAUGGAUUUAACACCUACUGUUGCGGCCUUGGUGCGACGAGCGGAUGUACCGGAUGUAGAGGUGCUUGUCACGGGUGGAGAACUAUUAACGCAACGGGUACUUGAUGAGUGGGUUGGAGUGCUCUAUAAUGCUUAUGGACCGACGGAAGCAACGAUUGGGUGUAGUAUUCAUAAAGUCUUGCGAGGGGAUCGGCCAAGUUGUAUUGGAAAAGUGUUUGACGGGUGUGAUGCGAUGGUUGUUUCGGGUGAGCAUGUCGUGCCGCGGGGUGCUAUUGGGGAGUUGUGGGUGGGCGGACCUCAGUUGCCAAGGGGUACAUUAACCGUCCGGAAUUGACUGCACAAAAGUUUAUCGAGU